ACAACAUCCUCAGGUAGGACAGUAUCACAAUCAAAUUCAAGCUCAUCAUGAAGCAAGCUAUCUUAAAUAUCCCCCUCUUAAGCCUACCAGCUCAACUCUUAAAUCCCUGAAUGGCUGCAAAGCCCAUGCAGCCCUCCAGGGACCCGGAAGGGAGCCCUGGGAGAUUCUGGAAAGCCUGUGGAAAUACUGUACCACUCUCACUUCCUACUGAGGACACUAGGUUCCAGAGUUGUCAGCUCCUUUUUGCAACUGGCCCCAGCUUUGGCAGAGGAGAGGAGAGAGCAGCCGGGAGAACUCCUAGGCCUUGUGUUACCUAUUCCAUGGGCCCCCUGACACUCAGGUGUCACAAGUGAUGCUGAGGGUCUCAGGAUCUCUGGGCCUGGUCCUAUGCUGCAGCAAGAGCUUUAGCUUUUGAUUAAGUCAGGUGAGGCUGAAACCUUUUGAUACAACAACCUCCCUGCAUCUCUCCCUCCAAAAGGACCAAUUUUCCAUGCUUUAGAACCAAUGCAAUUAACACUGGAUCUAUACCUUCCUUUAUAUUCUCUAUCACAAAUGAGUUCUUGGUAAGAGGAUUGGCAGGCUGUUUCCUGAGCUGUCACUCUAUGAGACUACUGGCAAGUUGCCGGGAUACAAAGAUGAAUGAGGGUUUGGUCCCAUGGUAAGGAACUUCUGGACCACUGGCAAGUGGAAUAAAAGUGGGAGUGGUGGGAGAGGAAGCUUUGGGUUGAAGGGUUUGGUUUUUUCCAAGUGCAGGUCACCCAAUUUGCCCUGCCCUCCCCCUCACCUUACUUUCCUCUUUUGUUCUCCCCUCCAGUUUAAGCAGAAUUAACCACGUCCUGUAUAUGUGCUCCUGUGGUGGCCAUUAGCUCAUCAGGCCCUAAUCUGAAAACAAGGCUUUCGUUUUGCUUUCAGUUUAAUAAACCUCUUAUUGAAGUAAAACAUACAUGCAGAAGGUUCCCCAGUCCUAAGUGUACAGCUCCCUGAGUUUUCACCCAAGAGAGCACAUCCAUGUGACCAACACAUGGAUCAAGAAACACACAUUCUCUGAAGCCCCUUCAUGACUCUUUCCAGUCAGCAGCCCCCAGGGGCAUCUAGUACUCUAACUUCUAUGACCAAAAAAUGAUUUUGCCUCUUCAUGAAUUUUAUAUACAGGAGACUACAUGGUAUGUACUCUUUGGUGCCUGGCUUCUUUUGUUCAGCAUUAAACAUGUGACAUUUACCAAAGAUGCUGCAUAGAGCAAUCAUUUGGUUUUUUAAUCACAUACUGUAUAUUUUGUAUUAGUGUAUUGUGGUAUUCUCUUGUAUUAGAGAACCACUAUCUAUUUAUUCAUUCAGCUGUUAAUGGCCAUUUGCCUUGUUUUAGAUUUCUUGGCUAUUGUAAAUCCUGCUGCCUUGGACAUUUAUAUCUAUGUCUCUAGAAAACAGAUGGGCAAAUCUUGAUUAGGUGUAUACCUGGGUGGGGAUGUAUUUAGUCAUAGGGUAUACAUGUAUUUAAUUUCAGUAGAUAUUGCCAAAAGGUUUUCCAAAGGGUUAGUACCCAUAUAUACUCACUGGCAAUGUGUAUGAGUUCUGAUUGCUCUGUAUCCCAGGAGCCUCACUAUUGUUUAAGAAUGUUUACCAUUCUGAUGGAUGGUGAGUAGUGUAUUUACUAGGAUUUAAUUUUUAUUUUCCUGAUGAUUAAAGUCAGUACAUUUUCAACUUCAUUGGCCAUUGACAAAUCCUUAAGUGUGUGUGUAUAUGUGUUUGUGGGUGAGAGAGAGUGGGGGGGGGAGUGCUUCUUCUAGUCUUUUGCCCAUUUUCCCUUGGGUUAUUGGUCUUUCUUAAAUUGAUUUGUUAGGGCACUUUAAGUAUUGUGGAUAUAAGUCCUUCAUCAGAUUGCAAAUAUCCUCUCCCACUCCAUGGCUUGCCUUUCCACUUUCCUAGUGAUAUCUUCUGAUGAACAGAAGUUCUCAAUUUCGAUAAAGAAGCCAACAACACAUAUAACUGUGAAAAUUUAGGUCUCACGGGAGUUCCUGACACUCUACCAAAUACAACAGAAUUUUUGGAAUUUGGCUUUAAUUUCUUACCUACACUUGAAAAUACAACUUUCAGCAGACUUGUAGAUCUGAUCUUCUUGGACUUAACCAGGUGCCAGAUUAACUGGGUACAUGAAGAUACUUUUCAAAACCAUCAUCAAUUGAACACAAUUGUGCUGACUGGAAAUCCUCUGAUAUUCAUGGCAGAAACCUCUCUUAACGGGCCCACAUCACUGCAGCAUCUUUUCCUAAUCCAAACAGGAAUAUCCAAUCUCGAGUUUAUCCCAAGUCAGAAUCUGGAAAACUUAGAAAGCUUGUAUCUUGGAAGCAACCAUAUUUCCUCCAUUAAGUUCCCAGAAAACUUCCCAACACAGAAUCUGAAAGUUCUGGAUUUUCAGAAUAAUGCUAUACACUACCUCUCUAGUGAAGACUUGCGUGCUCUGGAGAAGACCACCAACCUAAGCCUUAAUUUCAAUGGCAAUGACAUUAAAGGCAUUGAGGCUGGAGCUUUCCGUUCAAAAAUCUUCCAAAGUCUGAAUUUUGGAGGGACUCUUAACUUGUCUGUGGUAUUAAAAGGUCUACAGAACUCUACUACUCAGUCUCUCUGGCUGGGGUCAUAUGAGGACACAGAUGACGAAGACCUUACUUCAGCCAUGUUUGACGGACUUUGUGAAAUGUCUGUUGAAAGCAUCAAUCUGCAGAAGCAAUAUAUCUCUGAUAUCUCAUCUGCUACAUUUCGGUGCUUCACUCAACUCCAGGAAUUGGAUCUGACAGCAAAUCAUUUAAAUGAGCUCCCCUCUGGGAUCGAGGGGAUGAAGGCUCUCAAGAAAUUAGUUCUCAAUGUAAACACAUUUGACCAAUUGUGUCAAAUCAGUGCUGCCAGUUUUCCAUCCCUUCUAGACCUCUCUAUCAAAGGCAACAAGAGGAAACUUGACCUUGGUGCCGGCUGUUUGGAAAAACUAGAAAAUCUUCAGAAACUUGAUUUAAGCCACAGUGAUAUAGAGGCUUCUGACUGCUGCAAUCUUCAACUCAAAAACCUUUCCCACUUACAGUACCUAAACCUGAGCUACAAUGAGCCUCUCGGACUCCAGAGUCAGGCGUUCAAAGAAUGUCCUCGGCUAGAAGGUCUAGAUUUGGCAUUUACCCGCUGGUAUGUUAAGGGUCCACAAAGUCCUUUCCAAAACCUCCAUAUCCUACAGGUACUGAAUCUUUCUCACUGUCUCCUGGAUACCAGCAAUCAGCAUCUUCUAACAGGUCUGGUGGACCUCCGCCAUCUAAAUUUACAGGGGAAUCACUUUCAAGAUGGGAGUAUCUCAAAGACCAACUUACUUCAGACCUUGAGGAGCUUGGAGAUUCUUAUUUUAUCCUCCUGUGACCUCCUCUCCAUAGACAAGCAAGCAUUCCAGAGCCUUGGGAAAUUGAGUCACGUUGACUUAAGCUACAACAACCUGAUGGGCAAUAGUAUCGAUGCUCUUAGUCAUCUUCAGGGAAUCUACCUCAAUAUGGCUGCCAAUAACAUCCAUGUCAUCCCAUCUCACCUCCUCCCCACCUUGUCCCAGCAGAGCACCAUUAAUUUAAGUCACAAUCCCCUGGACUGCACUUGUUCGAAUAUUCAUUUUAUAACAUGGUACAAAGAAAACCUACAGAAAUUUGAGGGCUUGGAGGACACCAAGUGUGCAAACCCCCCAUCUUUAAAGGGAGUUAAGCUGUCUGAUGUCAAACUGUCUUGUGGGAUUACAGCCAUGGGCAUUUUCUUACUUGUAGUAUUUUUAUGCUUGAUUGCCACUCUGCUCGUUUUUUCGGUUAAAUUCCUUCUGAGGUGGAAAUACCAGCACAUUUAAUGCUGAACGCUUCUAGAGAUGUCAAGUCAAUAUGUUUAUGAAAAUGCCCUAAGUAAGGGAGGAGUUGUCUUUUCCUUUUCAGCCUGGCAGACUUCUCGGACUGGUUCCUGUAGCUGGGCAGGGAUUCACUGUGCUUCUCUGAGUCCUAGAGCUAAUGAACCUUCCUGGAACUUAAACUGACUAGGGCUAGGGGGCCCAACAACAGCUGUGAGAGACCCAGAGCCAUUUCUUCACAUGGAAGGUGGUUGGAGGACCUGUGGCAGGGAAAGGCCAGGAGAGGAAUGCACAGGAAGCCAUCGCCCUUCUGGUUGUGGACACCCCUCGAAGCAGCUCCUACCAUGACUCUAAGAGGAAAUCAACUCCUCCAACUAGGCAGUGCGGACAGCCCAGCCCAAACUCUGUCUCCCAAAGCUUGGACAUCGUGCUUGGCUCUGAAUCCUCAGUAAGGCAUAUUUACUUGAAAAAUGUGUUGAGGAUAAAGUCUCAAAGCUUAUUUUAAAUGGAAAAGGGGAUACACAGCGAAUUUAAAAGAAGAGGCCGAGAAAUGAAUCUGACCUAAAAUUGACUUCACUGAUCUCUUUAAUCCUUGGGUCUCUAAGCCCUCUACAAAGCAGCUAAGGUGCAAAUAGCUACCAAAAAAAAAAAAAAAAAAAAAAAAAAA